AUGGUGGUGCCAGAAAACGGAAUAAUGUGUGAUAAUAUUAUGCGAGGCAUAGAAAAGAAUGGUGGUGGUAUACAUCUGCACAAUCGGAAACAAAAAUUAAAACAAAAGUAAUAAAAUAAAUGCAUAAUAUUAUGUAAUAUGCAGAUCACUAACAUUAUAUUUUAAUAAAUGUAUUUGUAUAUUUAGAUUUGACAUACUAAAAAAAUUAGGGGAAGGUUCUUGUGGAAAAGUUCAAUUAGGUAUUUGUAAAGAAACUGAUCAGUUGGUAAGUUAAAAAUAAUUAAUUAAUUAUACAAUUAAUAUCUGAAAAAUAAUGUUAUUAAUUUAAAUUGAACUGUUUUUUUUUUUUUAAUAAUAAUUAAAGUUACUUGGAACAUUAUGGAAUAGUUUUUUUUAGUGGAAGUUUGUUAAUUAAAAAAACACACUUUGUAUAUUAGGUAGACUACAUUAUUAACAAUUCAAUAUUUGAUUAUUAUAAACACACAUUUUGAAAAAUAUUUCAAGAAUCACUUCAAUUUCCUUAAAAGAAAAAAGUGUCAAUAUUACACAUUAAUAAAUUAUUUGUUUCAUGUUUGUUUUUUUCAAACUUAAGCUUAGAUUAUUUUAUACUUUUUUUCAUUAAUUGUAUUAUUAGGUAACUAUUUUAAGUGAAUUUAUCACUCUUUGGAGCAUUUAUGAAAUCAUUGCACAUUCUUUAUAUUAGAAAAAAAAUCAAUAUCAAUAAUCUUUGAGCGAAAAUUUGAUAGUAAAUUAUUACUUAUUUCAUAAAAUUUAAAAGCUUUAAUGAAAUUAAGAUUUUGGUUAGAAACUUUGAUUGGUGCAAAUUAAUUAAAUUGUGCUUUGAUGUAUGAUAUGAUGUUUGAUAUACAUACAAACAUAAUUUGUAAUUUUUUUUGUUUUUCAAUCACUGCUUUUAAAUAAAAAAUAUAUCUUAUAAUUUCUAAAAUGUUCUUACAUAUUAUUUUGAAUUAUGUUCUAAUUAUAAACUGUAAUGUAAGAGCUGUGGUAGAUACUUACUGUAAUUAUCAUUGUUUUACAUUUUUAAGAAUUUUAUGUGAUUGAAUUGUUAGCCUGUUUCUUGUAAUGUUUCAUAAUGUGUUGGUUAUCAAUAAUCAUGAGUUAACCAACAGAAUUGUACUGAUUUGCGGCAAACUUAAUUGCAGAUUAACGCCAACGAUUAAUUGUAAGACCAGGCUCUAGAUUAGUAUAAGUAGUUUGUAAAAAUAUGAUAUUAUUAAGGGAGGUAAUAUAGUAGAUAUUUAUCUAAAUUUUUUUCAAUUAAAAAAAAUUCAUCAUUAAUUAUCUUUUUUAAUGCACAGUGUAUCACCACACAUUACUUGGAUAUUAUCCAAGUCUAUAUUAUAAAUUAUAAUAAUAUUCUUUUGGUAUUUACACUAAAAAUAAUGAUUAGAAUGAAUACAAAAUAAUUUAAUUAUUUGUAUUUUUAUGUUUAUAAAAAAUAAAUUUAUGAAGAACGAACUAUUUACUAAAUGUCUAAAUAUUGUAUUUUGUUACAAUAUAUUAUUACAUUAUUGUGUUCAAAUUAUUACUGGGACAACCUAUGUUUUCAAUAUUAACCUAUGGUCAGUGUCCCUGUUACGGUCGCUAAUUUUUAUUUUAUUCUUAAAUAAUGUAAUUUUGUAAUUUGAUCAGUCAUAUGGUUAUUGUUGUACUUAUUUGCAAUAAUUAAUUUCCUGGGUGAUAUCAAUUAUAAAAAAAACGUAAAUAGCAUAGGAUGAUUAUAGAACGAGAAAAUACAAUUUAAUAAUAUUAAUACUAAAUAAUUUUUCAUUUCUUAAUAUUCUUAAGACAUUUAAAUUUAAACUUUGUAUUAUACAUAUUAUUUCUUUAUGGUUUAGUUUUAAAUUUUUUUCAAUAACCCUAGAUAAAUUAAACCAAAUAUUAAUAGAAAAUAUUUCUUAAGAUGGCCAUAGGUGGUGUGACUAGACCAUACCUUAUACAAUUGAUAUACAAAUAAUUAUUAAUUUACUACCUAGUUAAAUUUAUAUGCAAAGUAUAUAAAGAGACAAAUAAACCAUUUGAAAAAAAUUUUUUAUAAAAUAUAUAUUUAAUUUUGUAUGAAUUAGGAUAUCAAAUAAACUUAUUGAACAUGGUAACUGUUUAAAGCAUAAAUAAAAACAACCAAUACAAAUACCCUGCUUGGUAUUUAAAAAAAAUUAUGAAAAUAAAAAAAAUAAUAUUUAGUUUGUUUUAGUUUAUUUACUGUUUCAUAAGUACAUCUAGUGUAUCAUGUAAAGUAAUAUUGUGCAUAGGAAACAUAUAAAUUGAUUAAUAAUUAUAAUUUUAUUAAACAUUUUUAAUAGCUAAUUUAUCCUAAUAAAUAGGUCGCUAUCAAAACAAUUAGAAAGCGUAAGAUAGAAACUGAAGCUGAUUUAAUAAGAAUAAGACGAGAAAUACAAAUAAUGUCUUCUGUACGACAUCCUAAUAUCAUACACAUUUAUGAAGGUAUUUUAUUGAAACAAAGGUUACAAUUAGCAUGUUAAUUUUAGUAAAAAUAAUAUUAAAAUGUACAGUGUGUGUUUAGUAGUUUAUAACUAUCAUUAAUUGGUAUAGUUUUCCAUUUGACAAAAUAAAUUUAAAUUUUACAAACUAAUUAUUAUGAUUCCCAUAUUUAGUCAUCUAUUAUUAUUUUUCCCUAAUAUUUUACUAGAUUUGGACCCACUUAUUUUACUUCUUAAAUAAAUAUUGCAAAUUUUACAUAUUUUGCAUAUUAUGUAGUCGUUUUUGAACAAGAAGAGAUGUAAUCCUUUUAAAUUCUAUGGUGUUUAAACUGAUUAUGAUUGUAUUCUAAAAAAUAUUACAUAUUUAAAAGUUCUUUCUGUUGAUAGUUUUUGUAUCAGAGAAAGAAAUAAUAGAAACUACUUCUUAUAAUUAAAUUUUAUACCAUCUACUUAACUACACUCAUAUUUAUUUUAUUUUUAAUCCAAUACUAAAUUUUAAUCAUAUUUUCUCUUUAGUUUUUGAAAAUCGAGAAAAAAUAGUAUUAGUAAUGGAAUAUGCUGCUGGAGGCGAGUUAUAUGAUUAUCUUAGUGAAAAAAAAGUGCUGACAGAAGAAGAAGCCAGAAGAAUAUUUAGACAAGUUGCCAUUGCUAUUUUUUAUUGUCACAAAGUAAACAUAUACAUUUUCCAUUGUGUUAUAAUUGUUUUAUGAUAAACUGUGUAACUUUUCAUAAUAGCAUAAUAUUUGUCAUCGUGAUCUUAAAUUGGAGAAUAUAUUAUUAGACGAACAAGGAAAUGCGAAGGUAUGUUGGUAAAUAGAUUAUUUUAUUAACAUAAGUCUGUAAAAUAGAAGUUUUUAAAUUUACUAUUUUAUUUCUAUUUGUCUUACAUCCUACAGUGUGUAUGUUUGAUAUUAAGUGUUUCUUUAAUUUUUCUUUUUAGAUUGCUGAUUUUGGUUUGUCAAAUGUUUUUAAUCAAAAAGCUCUUUUGUCAACUUACUGUGGUAGUCCGUUGUAUGCAUCUCCAGAAAUAGUUACUGGUACUCCUUACCACGGGCCUGAAGUUGAUUGCUGGUAUGCAGUUAAAUAUAAUAAUCCAGUUAAAAUAUCUUUAUUGAAAGUUAUAAUAGAAUUUUAUUUAAGGUCUUUAGGUGUUUUAUUAUACACUUUAGUAUAUGGUACAAUGCCAUUUGAUGGGUCAAAUUUCAAACGACUCGUUAAACAAAUUUCCCAGGGUGAAUACUACGAACCAAAGAAACCUUCACGUAAGUAUAUUAUAUUUAUAUAAUUGUAGUAGUUAUGUACUAAUGAAUAUUAUAACCUGCAUAAUUUUCUAAUUGUUAUUUUUAAGGAGCUUCUCCAUUGAUUGGUAGUAUGAUGACAGUAAAUCCUAAUGCACGUGCUGAUAUUUAUACAAUAUGUUCACAUCAAUGGUUAAAUGAAGGUUACACUCCUGAACAUCAAUGUUUACACACUGCAGAAGAGAUGGCAUCUUCAGCUCCAGUUAGAUUGGAUUUGUUGAUGUCAUUAGCACCUGUAUCUAGGGAAACCAAUAAUAAUUUAACUGUAUCACCUCAAAAUAAUGUUGAAAAUGAUACACGAUCUGAAAGUGGACCUUUAAGGUCUCAAAGUUUAGGAAGUAUAUCUCCAUCACGCGCUAAAGCUGUAAUACCUGAAUUACCCGGUCAGUAUUAUUGAUACAUCUAAUGUGAAUUUAUUUGAAAUUAUUUACUCUAAUUAAAAUAAUUAUUUAUUUAGUGGAAAAGAAACCUAAGAAAUUAAAAAAAAGAGAUCGUUCCAUGAGUCGUUCUAAAAAAUCUAGUCAAUCAGAUAGUGGUGAAAAUGAUCUUGAAACUCCAAUUUCUAAAGAAUCAUCUAAAUCUGUUAUAAAUGAUUCAAAGUGUGAUUUACCACAGUCUCUUUUGCAAUCUGGUACUAAUAUUGGACCUGAUACAGUAAAGCCUGCUGAACGAGCCCGCCGACGAUCCAGUAGAGUUUUAGAAGCUGUUGAAAAAUUAGAUCAAAUUGAAUCUAUGGCAAAAAAUAGUUUUGACCAAAAGAGGAGAAGUUCUCUUGGUAGUGGAUCAUCCAAUAGUUCGAAAAAGAGUAUUGAAUCUGAUGGAUCUACUACACACGCACCAAUAAAAGAACUACAAUACAGUCUUGAAUCAACUGUUGGACUUAAUAAAUUAGCAGAAUCUGCAUUAAAUAAUGAUCCAGUGGAUCCAUCUGGAUCAUUCACAAAUAAAAAUGAGUUUAAAAAUCUUCCUGAUGACUUGAGAAAAAGUCUAAAUGCUAUCAGGGUAAGUAGUUAUGUUAAAAAAAAAAAAUAGGACAGAUUAUUAAUUAAUAACAAUUUGUUUCCUUAAAUGUAUAUUAUACAUUGAAAUCUGUUAUUGCUUGGUUCUAUCCUUAAAUUUAUUAAAAAAAGAAAUUAUGUUGGCAAAUAAUGACACACAAACAUUUAUCUUAUUUAUAUACAAUUCCUACUUCUUCAUUUCACUAUAUUUUGGAUUGUUAUAUAUUUUUUUAUGUAAACUUUAAAUGUUCAUAAAUAUAGUGAAUAAUAUAAAUUAAUAUUUUAUCUCAUAUGAGUAAUGUUUAUGUUUAAAAUAGUAAAUAAUUCAAUUUUUGAAAAGUAGUAAGUAUUAAUAGUUAAAUAUUGAAUAAUUUAUCUAUUCAGAUAAUUGAAGAUUCCAUUUCUGACAGUAAUACAAAUAAAAUUGCUGAACCCAAAAGAAAAACAUCAAGAGCAGAAAUCAAAUUGGCUAAGCCUGAGUAAAUAUAAUUAAAUCAUACAAUGAAUGAGAGCUUUAAGGUUAUUUCAUUCAAAUUAUAAUUAUUUGUUUUGUUAUAGAUUACCAAUUAAAGAAUCUAAACUUCAUGAAAAUGAUCUAGUAGAUGCAAACUAUAAGACCGAAGUAAAACAUUUUGUUCAAAUACCCAAACCAACAAGACGUAUUACAGAAGUAUCGUUUCCAGUUGCAGGUGCUAUGCCUACUACUGUAGCACCUUUACCGCCAAGGUAUAAUCUAUAUUCGUGUAUUCAAAAUAAUAAUUAUUUUAAUCUUAUACAUUUAAAGUUUAAAAUUAAUACAUUUAUCUAACAUUCUUUUUUAAAUUUGUUCUAGACCUAUUUUGAGGCAAAACAGUCAACCUCGUGAACACAUUAUACCUAUUCGGUUUGAAGCAGAAGAUAAAUCUAAAUCUAAACCUUUACAAAGAAUACCAUCUGUCAGUAGCCCCAAGACUAGUUGCAGUAAUCUUUCACGACAAAGUACUGUAGACACAGAUAGUAAUAGUAGUAUAACAAGCUUAGGAGAACCGAUAAGAAAAUCUCCUCGUGAAGUCAUUAUACCCAUAGCUGUUGAAGGUGGAGGUUUUGUUACACCUAGUAAUAGUGCACUUUCCAGAACAAAGUAAGGUUUAUUAAUAUUUGAAUAAUUUGUUGAUUUUAAAUUUAAUAUAAUAAAAUAUUUUAGUUCAAAUAGUGAUAAAGGUGAUGAUGAUAAUGGUACUGUUGGUAGUCAACCUAGAUGUUUCACACUGCGCAGCACACGAAGACAAAGGCCACCUGUAAGGAAUUUACAAUCUACUGAGAGCAUAAGUUCAGAUGAAGAAGAUGACAGUUUUGAAAUUUUAACUGCUGAGAAUUUGUUUUCUACAUUAUUAUCUAGAGUAAUUAUCUAUUUAUUAUAAAAUAUUUUUUAAUUUUCUUGUAUAAAUGAAAAAGUAAUUUUAAUACUUUCAUCAAAUAAAAAAAUUUUGAUUAAAAGACUUAUUAAUAAAAAAGUUUUACUAAUAGUACUUCAAUUUUAUAAUUAUUUUAUAUUUAUUAUAUUGUGUAUCAUGAUUUUAUAAAUAAUUAUUUUUUAGGUGCGAGAUUUAACUAAUAGAUUGAGUAAUGAUAAAGGGAGAACUUCUGACUUUCCAAGAUCUUUUUUCAACCAUCAUCGUUCUAUUUUUGACCAUCAAACACCAAUGUAUGUAUUUUUAAAGAUAGGUAGUGACAAAUAUUUUUUUUAUUUAUUCGUAUGUAUUUAAUGUAUUACUUAGACGCCGUUUAACUGAAACUAGAUCAUUUAAUCGGUCUGAUAGUGCUCCCUGGAGAAGAAGUUUUGUUUCUACAACUCAAGAGCAACCAUCCAAUGCUUCCGCUAAAGGUAAUUUAAAACUAUGGGCUUAAACCAUUUUGUUUUAUUUCGUACUUAUAAUAAAUAUAAAAUAUAAUCUGUUGGCAAUACUAUUAGUUACAAUAUUAAUUUGUGUUUUGGUAACAGUAGUAUAGAAUAUUAGUGGUUUGUAGGCCUUCUUACAUAACAUAUUUUAUUUGAUCAAGAAACAUGGUAAUAAGCUUUGUUACAUAUAAUCUAAAACAAGAAAAAAAUACACUACACAAAUAAAACACCUUCCAGUCUCACUACUUUAAAAAUGUAGACUUGAGAAACCAUAAAAAAAUAGUUAUUAUAAAAGAUACUUAUACAUUAUAUACAUUGCCUAUUAUAAAUUACUGUAAGGUAAAUAAUUUGAGUAUAACAAUAAUUAUGAUCACAAUUUAUUAAAAGUGAGGGAUAACUUGGGUAAUAUUACAAAAUAUAGAUCAUUAUUAAGUUUAAUAAUACUACAUAAAUUAUAAAUUUGUUGAUUGUCUAUUAUAAUAUAUUGAAUAACAAAUAUAUAUCAAGUAACAUUAUUUUAUAUCAUAAAUUAUGGUGUAUUACGCAAAUCUAUAUUUAUAUAGACUUUACAUUUAUAAAUUAUUUUGUUAAUUAAAUUUUAGACAAAACACAAUCAUAAUUUUUCGUUCACUUUUAUGAUUAUUGUUAUAACUACCUAAAAACAUUUUAUAUAUGAAUAAUAUACUUUAAUUGUAAUUUAUAUAUCUAUGAUUAAAUAAUAUUUAAUAGCUGUUAAAAAUUAUAAUAUAAUAUAAUAUAAUAUAAAAACUUUAUAGGUUUUUUAUGAUUUCAAAUAGUUUAAAACAAUUCACAUAAAUUCUUGUUUCAUUAAAAUUUAUAGAAUCUAGUAUCUUCAUACUGUAUUGUUUUGCCAAUGGUAUUACAUUAAUAUUUUUUUUAACAAAUUUGAAUUUUUCCAAUUACCAUUGUUUAAGGGAUAAUACACUGAUUUUUAUUUUUUGAAGAUCUAUUGUUUUCUUAACAAUGUAAAUAAAUAGAUAUACAUAUAUCUUUGGUCCCAAGGAAGAAGGGGUUUAAUACAUUUUGUAUAGUUUUCAUUAAAUGCAAAUUAAAUUUUGUAAAUACAUACACUUGCACACAAACUAAUACACUAAUAUACUACAUUCACUAAUUUUAAAAAUACAUACACUUAUACAAUUUAGAUAGUAAUAUUUAAAGCAAACAAAUUACAUCAGACAAAAUUAUAAAAAAAAAAUGCCAAAAAUUUACUUAAGCCCUUCUCUGGGAUCAAAGAUAUUGUAAGUAAACUUAUAUGUACAUUAACUUAUACAAAAUUAUGGUAUUUUUUGGAUAUCCUUUUACUUAAUUAUUUUUUCCAACAAUUUAUUUAUUCAUUUAUCGAUUGGACAGAUAUAUAAAAAUGAAAAGUACAUUUUGUAAUUCAAUUAAUGAAUAUAAUUACUACUAAUGUGUAGUUAUUUUUCAAUUUUUUUUUAUGUUUAUGACUACAUGAAACUAUUAAAUUUUUAAACUAUAUGCUGUAUUCAAGUUUAUUAGAAUAAAACUUGUUUAAAAAAUAUGCUUCAAAAGUGUUUCCAAAAUACAUUAUAAUAUUAGUAGUAUUCUCAAUUUGAUAAGCAAAUAAUGUUUAAAUCAAAUUUAGUACUCUGUAGUUUAUUAUAAUAAUCAUAUUAGUAUGGAAAAAGAUACCCAAUGAUUAUUUUUCAGAGUUAUCUAUAGGCAUGGGAGUUUGUUUCAUUUAUAAAGUACCAUAUUAUUUACACUAUACACAACAUACAAAUAAAACUUUAUUAUACGAUUGUGCUGGAGUAUUGCAUGUGUGUGUUUUAUUUUGUUGCAGCCAAUGUGACGGUGCAUGUGCCACGUGUACAAGACGAGUAA